AUAUAAACUCAGCACUAUAAAAAAAUAUGUAAAAAAUGAUAGGAAUAUCGUAGAUCAAUUAUAUUAUAUACAUAUUAUAUAUAUAAAACAUUAUACAUAUAUAAAAUACACAUAAGAUUCAAUACAACAGCUUUCAUAUCCAAAAAAUAAUAAACAUUUUAAGCUCGCGCCAAAAGGUUAAAAUAAUUCGAUAUUCUAUCAAUUCCGAAAGAAGAAAUAUUGUUGCCGUGAUACGAUAGUUUUUUGUUUGCAAAAGAUACGCGAUUAGAUUCGAGAAAACAAGACUCUUAUAUUUAGUUUUGUUCUGUGUUCUAUCAAUAUAACUAGAAACGUAACUUCGAAAUCGAGCAUGUACGACGAUUGCAUAUUUCUUUCGUUGCGAUUUCCACAAAAACUGUGGCGUAUAGUGAACGAAUGUAAGAGUGGCGCGAUACGUUGGAGUUUAAACGGUAACACAAUUCUUCUCGAUUACAAGAAAUUUCAAGAACAGUAUCUCGACGCGGGCAAUUCUAUCUUCAAAACGAAAAAUAUUACAAGUUUUAUCAGACAAUUAAAUCUUUAUGGUUUUCGGAAAGUAACAUCCCAUAAUAGAGAUCCGAUUUGUAAUUCUCAUAAUCCGGACGUUCACGAAUUCUUGCACGAAAACUUCCGUACCGGCAGACCAGAUCUGUUACCAAGGGUGUACAGGAAAACAGCGGGAAAAUUAAAACACUGUCAACGACUUAAAGUGAAAAAUAGCGCGGAAUUGAAUUUUUUAAGCAAGGACUCCGAUCACGUAUCACGUUUGCAUAUGUGCCGGUUGGCGUUAACGAAAGCCUUAGAACAAAUAUCGCGAGAAUAUCAACAAACACAAAAUCAUAGAAUAAAAGAUGAAAAUACUUUAAAUUCUUCUGAAAAAGUAUUUAAUCUUGGUUUAUAUACAUCACAAAAUCAUGAACCAUCCACCAUAGACUGGAUUACAAAAAAUUCGAUCCCAAUUUCUUCAAAAAAGGAAAACUUAAAUGAUACACAAUUAACUUCUAAUGUUUAUGUAAAGUGGACAAAUUUUUCUAAAAAUAUUAAUUAAAUUAUUUGUAAAACUAUAUUUAUCAUUUGAAUUUUCAGUAUUAUUGCAAGUGUUUUAAAACACUUAAUAAUAUCAUAAUAUCUAUUUAAAAAAAAUAAUUAUGUAAAAUAGCAAUUUCUAUUAAAUGUAAAAUAUA